UGAGUACUUGGGGUGUACUCCCCUCAUGGACAGGUGCUACAUAACUCUGGCUCAGGCCUUAUCCAUGAGCAUGGGUGGCGCUCCGUGUGGACCAGCCGGUACCGGCAAAACAGAGACCGUCAAAGACAUGGGUAAAACUCUCGCCAAGUACGUAGUGGUCUUCAACUGUUCGGACCAAAUGGAUUAUCGAAGUUUAGGACCCAUCUACAAAGGUCUGGCUCAAUCGGGUUCCUGGGGCUGUUUCGACGAGUUCAACAGGAUCGAGCUUCCAGUUCUUUCAGUGGCAGCCCAACAAGUAGCCGUCGUUCUAGCCAGUAAAAAAGAAAAACGAAAGAACUUCCAGUUCACGGACGGCGAUAUCGUCGAAAUGUGUCCCGAGUUUGGAAUUUUCAUCCCCAUGAAUCCAGGUUACGCCGGCCGGAAAGAGCUCCCCGAGAACUUAAAAAUCUAA